ACCCUCCUAUUUUCAAUUUUCCAUAUCCCACUCGAAAACUCUCCCCUAAUAUUGCCAAAAAAAAAAGGAAAAAAAAAAAAAUCACUGUAUCCUCUGUAUCUUCUUCCCCACUCCUCAGCAAACACAACGGCAAAGAAGGCGUCUCUGAUGAUUUGAAGAUCAAAGUUUUCCAGAAAUCGAAUUCCAUAGUCACUAGCUCGCUCUGUCUCUUUCUAUGUCCUAGGUAAAUCCCUCAUUUUCUUUUUCCGAUUUCAAAUUUGUUAAGAUUUGGGGGGUCUUUAAUCGAAUUGAAGAGAGGGGUUUUGUAUGUACCCUUUGGUAAAGCAAAUACUUUGCAUUCCCAGAACACUGACUUUUUACUCUAGCUUAAUUGAAUAUUGCCUCUCACUGAAGAAGUCUGUGAAUUACACCAAAAUAGUACAUGGGCAAUUGAUAAAAGUUGGGUUUAAUUCUCACACAUUUUUUGGUAAUCGUUGCCUUGAACUUUAUACUCGGAGUGGGUCCGUUGAUGACAUUCUUAAAGCAUUUGAUGACAUAAAAAUUAAGAAUACUAUAUCAUGGAAUGUUUGCUUGAAAGGGUUGUUGAAUUGUGGACGCGGGGAUAUGGGUCAAGUUUUGUUUCAAAAGAUGCCUGAACGAGAUGUUGUUAGUUGGAAUUCUAUGAUUUCGUGGUACGCCUCGUGUGAACGUAGUGAUUGUGUGUGGGAGAGAUUCCGGGAAAUGUUGUAUGUGGGAGUGAAGCCAAGUGGGUAUACUUACUCAAUUGUUGUGUCUUUGGUGUUUGAUGAUGUCCUCUUGGGCAAGGAGCUUCAUGGUCAGAUGAUUAGGAGUGGUUUAAUCAGGUCGAACGUGGUUCUAGGGAAUUCUUUAAUCCAUAUGUAUGGUAAGGUGGGUCUAAUUGGCUAUGCCGUUGGUGUGUUUAUGAGUAUGGAAUAUUUGGACUUGAUCUCUUGGAAUUCAUUGAUCAUUGGAUUUUGUAAAGCUGGGUUUGGUGAAUUAGGACUUGAUCAGGUUUCUUCGAUGAGAUACUUUGGGUAUUUACCCGAUGAGUUCACAUGUUCUGCAGUUAUCACUUGCUGUACGAAUUUGAAAAACCUGGAAAAGGGUAAGCAAGUUUUUGCCUUCUGUAUCAAGGUUGGCUUUCUUUGCAAUUCCAUUAUCUCGAGUGCCAUUAUUGACCUCUUCUCGAAAUGCAACAGAUUGGAGCAUUCAAUUCAGCUCUUCAAAGAACUUGGAAGACUCGAUUCUGCAGUUUGCAAUGCUAUGAUUUCAAGCUAUAUGUCUCAUGACAUUGGUGAGAGUGCUAUUCAACUGCUCAUACUAAUGCUGAGGAAAGAUAUUAGGCCUACAGAAUUUACCCUUAGCAGUAUUCUGGCCUCCAUUUGUGGGAUGCAAGUGGUGGUGCAAGGAACUCAAAUUCAUUCUUUGGUGGUUAAGACAGGUUUUGAUAUUGAUUGUAUUGUUUGUAGCUCACUUAUUCAAAUGUAUGCAACACUUGGGUUAAUCGAUUAUGCAAUAAGAAUUUUUGCAAGCAUGACCUCGCCAGAUCUGAUAUCUUGGAAUACCAUGAUUAUGGGUUUGACUCUGAAUGGGAAAUUACUUAAUGCUGUAGACACUUUUAAAGAACUACAUAGAAAAGGUCCACUGCCAGAUCAAAUAUCACUAACAGGAGUUCUACGAUCUUGUAGCUAUGGAGGUUUUGUUGAUGAAGGAAUUGUUAUAUUUUCGAAAAUGGAGGAAUAUUAUGGUGUUAGACCCUGCUAUGAGCAUUAUGCUUGCCUUGUAGAACUCUUGUGUCAAGGUGGUAGGCUCUAUGAAGCAAUGGAAAUUACUGAAAUGCUGCCUUAUGAACCAAGUUCGACGAUUUGGGAAUCUUUACUUCAGGCAUGCACAUUUCAUGGAGAUGUGAGGCUUGCUGCGAAAGUAGCAGUGAGACUGAUGGAGUUGGAGCCGCAGUUAUCUCUACCUUACGUGGUAAUGGGUCGUGUCUAUGAGAUGAGGGGCCAAUGGGAGGAUGCAGUUCGGGUGAAGAAAGCCAUGAAUAGGAAAGUAGUGAAGAAUGUUGUUGGAUGUAGUUGGAUCGAGAUAAAAAAUCAUGUAUACAGCUUUACAGGAGAACAGCUGCAACAACAUACAGGCAGAGAUAUUUACUCCAUUCUCAGAUUAAUGACUUGGGAAAAGGGUGAAACCCUCGUGGAAGUUAAUCCGGCAGAUAUUGAUGCUAUUGCACAUAAUAAAUAUGUCUAAGGUAAUAUGAGACCUUUUCAUGUGCUCAUCCCUCCCUCGAAGAUCAAUGCUACUGGCAGCUGGCUUACUGCUUGUGGAACUCAAGUACAUAUUCUAUAGAUGAUGUCGGGAUACACCUGUGCCCAUGGCCCAGUUGCGUGCCCUCACUUCACAGGGAAUGAAGCAUCUGGGAUCCCGGGGACUGAUUGCUGGUGUUUCAUCUGGAAUGCUUGUUGGGUGCCAUUUGAGCUUUCUCUGGUUCCUAUUGACAAUUUGACAUAUAGAAAUAACAAGAUGGCUUAUUAGAUUGUGGAAAUAUUUAGCCAGUGACAUUGCUCCCCAUCUUUCAGGUGGAGUUACAUCCUUCACUUGAACAAACCACUGUCAAGAUCAAGAUCAUGAUAAUUUUUUUACAUUAAAAGAUUUCUUUUACAGCACGUUUUGUUUUUGUGUAGUACUUUAUCCACGGCAUAAGGGUGCAUGGAGAUUGAAGAACAUGGCCAUGAGAAUUGCAUCUGAAGAGCUAUAAUUGGAAAAUUUCAAGGUCUGCCAAACUGUUUUUCACUUUGAUACUAUGGAAGAGCAAUAUGAGAAACUGGCACCAAGAGCGAUCAAAAUCUGCAAACUAAGAAUGUCCUUUUUCGGUGUGGGGUACUCGGGUAGGAGUCCGGCUGAGAUGAGAAUUGGCUGAUUUAGAUAGGUUUCAAACUUAAUUUACAUUACGUGGUUUGAUGUUACUCUGGCGUUUGCAAAAUAUGUGUUGACUAUGGUUGAUUCUUUGUUGGAAAUGUACAAAAAUGAUGAUACAUUUUGGUGUCAUGAACCAAUACCAUGUUUGGCAUGUGCUAUCUAAAUAAACUCAUUUAGCCAGAUUAAAACUAAGGGUUGAUUCUCUUCAAACUGUGAUGGAGGUAGCAUCGUUAUAAGACGGCCAUCCAAGCGGCAGCACCACGGUCUUCUCUUUCUUUUCGGUAAUGUACCAUAGCAUCAAAUAUUAAUCAAGUGAACAUUUUGUCCA